AUGUUCUCUCCAGCAAGGAUCGCAUCCGCAACACUCUCGACAGCGGCUCGUUCAGCUCGAUCACUCUCUGGACGCACAACUCUCACCGCUGCAUGCACCCGACAUGCUGCAUGGCAGUCCAAAGCACCAGCCACUGUCGGCACUAGCACUCGCGCCUACUCCAGUGCCCAAGGAAGAAGAGGUAUCCGGAACCUCCCUCUUGCCGCCGUGGCUCUUAUCCUUGGAGGCUUGACAUUGACAGGUGCAGGACUCUGGCAGUUCUACACGUCGGGCGUCAAUGCCUUUCCCGAGGACAUCAGGAACGAUCUUCGCAAGGCGCUCUACUACCAGAACUAUGGCGAUGAUCGCGACAAGGCUGUUGGAUACUACCGUUCGGCACUCAAUGCGGCUAUGCAGCAUCCAGACUUGAAAGUGGACGGACCCGAGGUUACGGGAAUUAUGAUUCAGCUCGGUACAAUGUUUCAGGAUAUGGGACGUACGCAGGAGGCGAUUGAUGUGUUGGUCAUGGCGUUUGAGGUUCUGGUCCACGGACGGACCUUGGGGACUAGCAACGAGAGCACCACUGCGAGAAACGCACAGCAGCAGCAAGAAAGCGGUGUCGGCGGCGGAUUUGACAACGACGGCGAGCAGCAGCAUCUGAGCCAGGAACACGAUCAAUCAUCCUCGUCGUCAGUACAUGCACACGGACCUCAUGUUAUGGAUGGACCUACGCGUCUCAAGACCGUCGGAAUCGCUCAAAAGCUCGGAGAUCUGUACCAUGCCCUCAAAAAGGAUCAGCAAGCAGAGCGGUACUAUCUCUGGUCGGUCGAGCAGCUGAUGAAAAACCACGAUCAGAUCCUGGCACGGUCACCAACUCACAGCUCGGACGAAGAGCGGUUGCAGAAUGCUAGGGAUCGAGAAGCGAUGCGGAAGCAGUUCAGCUUUGAUAACUUACCUUCGUGGAUGACCAAGACUGAUCUUGGAGCGAGUCUUGAAGCCUUGGGAGGUUUCUAUACCAGCAAGGGCGUCUACUCGUACGUGAAUGCUCUUCCACUCUACAUGCGCGCAUUGUCAUUGAUCGACCCCAACUCCUGCCACGCCGCUGUGUUGAUGUGUAAUAUCUCGGAUGCGUUUGCUGGACUCGGAAACAUCGAGGAUGCAACGGGAUGGGCUGAACGUGGAUUGAAGGUCGGAAAUGCGCAGAGCGGACAGGAGUGCGACGAGGGCUGUGGUGUUAUCCUUUACAACCUUGGCAUGCUUCACGAGAUGAAGGGUGAUGUGAUGAAGGCUAAGGAUUACUACAAGCAGUCGAAGCAGCAUGGGUUGAAGACAGGGUUCGACCAGUGCAUUGUUGAGUCGAACAAGGCUCUGAAGCGGAUGAGGGAGGCCAACGAGGGUUCUCAAGCGUAG